AUGGAAUUAGGCCACAACCCAUCGCCCUAUUUGCGGAGAUGCCGAAUUCCGCAGCUGAACACCAUACGUUUCCACGAGGAUCCAUGCACACCGGAGGAUGAGGAGGGGAAAAUGGAGUUGAUACGGGAAAAGAUGCAAGAGCUUACCGAUAAAUCGAAACGCGAAAAUCCCUGCAGUCCCAGCACCUCAAUCCCUCCUCAGACCCAACCAAAGCCGGCGACAUCACUGCGUGGUUCUGAACACGAAAAACCAUGCCCACCCUCGAGUUAUUCACGCUUUUCCAUGCCUCCCUCGAGCUAUCGACCCCCAAGGACUGAUUUUUCAUCAAAAGUUGUCCAAAACCGACCCAAAAUUCUCAAAAUUGAACCGCAAAAUGGGGUUGCUUGGAAUGGGGGCUUUGUU